UACAAACAGGACCUGCAAUGUACUAGUUCACAAGGACAAAUCGAGACAAAACUGUAACACAACUUCGCCGGUGCGUCUUUCAAGAUUUUACUUUUCCAGCAGAUAUCUUAUUUCAAGACUCUUCUUCACUUGGCCCGCCUAAAGCCGUAUCCUUGAGCUAAUUAAGCCGUCCUGAGUACAAAGAAAGAUCAGCAAACUUGCAACAUUAUCAGCAGCCAUGUUAUUCUUUCUCCGUGAUGCCGUCGAUAUUGUGGGUCGUUUCUAUGGAAAUGAAUGAAAAACAAUCCUUUUUUGGAUACAUCGUUUCUUUUCUUAACAAAAAAUCCUAAUGAUCCGGAUUUUUGAUCCGAUCUCGGAUUUUAGUAAAGAAACCCACCCUAAAUCACAGUUAAAACAGGGUUUCACAGAGAUGGUCAUUACUAGGGCUGGUCACUUAUGUUAUUAGUCGUAAGGAGAGCUUCGACUGUAUUGUGCAAUUUUGAUCUUUACACUCAAUAUCAAAACAUAUCUUACUCCCUGUAGUGUUAUAUAUGCAGUAUACAUGUACAUUUUGUAUGAUACAGUUCACCUUUUUCACUUUCAUACUAAUGUGUAUGGCUGUGUGAUUUGUCACUCUUCCUUCAAAAUCUGUGUAUGAAAUGCGAUGGUGUUAUUAUUCAAAUGAAACCUCUUUGGUAGAACCUGUGAAUGGGAUCAUUUGUUUCGUAAGAUUUUGCAUUUAGAUAAUUUGGAGUUUUUGCAAAUUUUAUAAUAUACCCUAGCCGUUAUUUGGACUGAAAGUGUUUAGGUGAAUUUGUUUAAAGAUCAAGCCAUGCAUGUACAUGUACACCUUUGGUAGUCAUUUCCUUUAAUUUUUCUCAUAACUUUAAGGUUUGAUUAAGCAAUCAUACCAACAGUAAUUGUUGUCCUUGGAGAGAUUCUCCAAUUAAAAUGAUGGGACUACUUGACGUACCCUUUGAGGGGUAAAAUUUGUGUGGUGGUAUUUGUAUUGGUUAGAUGCGUUGUGGUAUAGUACAACUGGGGAGCUGUUCGACGUUUAAAGCCAAAGAAAUGACAAGAACUUUUUGUAACUCCACUGAAUCAACUUAUUGCUAGUAUUAAUUGGCAGUAAUGGUUGAUUUGUGUUGUUUAAGAAUAUAUUUCUCUUACCGAGAGUCUCCUAUCAACGUAUUAUACACCCCCCCUGGGGGGUACUCCCUACUCCCCUAUAAAAGUGAUGGGGAUGCUCGUCGGAAAAUUUCGAGAACACCCCUAAAAGUUUCCAGAAUCUUGUUUUAUGGGCGUGUCCCAAAUUCAUUUCCACCCCUAGGACGUACCAAUUCUACAACAACAAAUUAUAUAACUGGCACUACAAAUUUUAAUAGUAAUAAAGAUAACUUUCAAACACUUUCUUCUCAAGAGCUUUAAGAAAGUAUUGUCAUAAAUCUUCUGGCAGCAGUCGUUUUAGGUUUUAGCACCUUAAGUGGUACAAAUUUAAACCUACAAAAGGUACGACGAGCAUCCCCGUCACUUUAAUAGGGGAGUACCUCGCCUCGGGUUAUACACCACUGAAGUAAGACCGAGUCACAUUGAGGAGGAAAGCAAAGACAUCUUUGAGCGCUUCGUGUCAACUAGAAGUGGACUUUUUCUGCAUUCUUGAGCAGUGGUAUUGUCCAAUUAUUCACGAAAAUCGUCUCCGUAAAGUAAAGAAACUUGGAAAUACAAAUGGGGUAGCGUCAAGGCACAUUACAAGGGAAGAACCCGCACUUCCGGUUGAUGUGUGUUGCUCAAAAAUGUCUUUGCUUCAACACUCUAUUAACUCAUUAGGGCCAUUUAUACGAGGAAAAAUAAGACGCGUCUUAAAUAAGACGCGAACUGUACCAUUUAUACGAGCAUGUCUUAUCUAAUAAGACGCGUCUUAGCUAAGCCGCGUCUUAUUUCAGACGAAAUGUGCCGUUUAUACGGAAAGUUCGCGUCUUAUGUAAGACGCGUCUUAUUUUUCCUCGUAUAAAUGGCCCUAUUAUUUACCUUCACACAACUGUACUCCUUGUGCAUAUUUAGAUGUUUCUACAAAACACUUGUUGUUGUGUUUCUUUUCUACAUUGUAGGAGGAAAUUCCAUUUGCUGUGGUAGGCAGCCGCGAGGAAGCUUUGAUCAAUAAAGUGAAGACAAGGGCCCGUCAGUACCCCUGGGGAACUGUUGAAGGUGAGGCAUCUAAUCCGUGAGGAGCGGAAUUAUUAAGUGCUUUCACAUUCCUGUAUGAGAAAAAAGUUGGCCCUUUGCCAAAGCCAAGAUCUGACUGCAAGGGGAAGCCAAAACGUUUCUAUGGAGAAACGUCGGCCCAGUUAGGAGUGUGACCCUAGCAUCACAAAAGGGUGACCCGGCUAGGCAAUCAUCCUUCUAGCCGAACAAGCCUUUUGCUUCUCGAUCAUGUAAGAGGUUCGCCCAGGGUAACUCGGAAGGUGAGUCAGUGACCCUUCCACUUGGGACAAGUUUUCUCCAUAAGUGGGGCUUGAAAAACACUUCCAGGAGCACAGUUCCUGGAUCAGUUUUUUUUUUUUACUUUUAUAAAGGUACUGUAAUGGUGAGCCAAAGGUACGGUAUAAUACGUAUGAUACCUGCAUUAUCAACACACAAAACGCUCAGAUGUUGAAAAAAGUGAGGUCUGGUUUUUCCUUUACAAAGCAGGCGUUGCGCCAGCAUAAGAAUGAGUCGUGACUUAUCUGAAAAAGAAAAAUAUGUUAUAUUUUAACAGUACUUUAUCUUUUAACGCUAAAAUAUGAUUAAUUUCAUAUGUAUUUUCAUUCACUUAAUCAUUUGUUUUCCAGUUGAAAAUGAGAACCACUGCGACUUUGUCAAGCUUAGAGAGAUGCUAGUUCGGUAAGUAUUUCUUCCACAUCCAGAAUAGAUAGCAAGCGGUCGUCCUUCUUCCCUCAGAGAAACGCCCAGGGACCAAAAAUGAAAAAUUUUGCAUAUUCUUGGUAAAAAGGAGGGAAGAUAAUGGGUGUAGGGAUUUAUUUUUUCUUUGCUCGGGCUUCCGCCCUCAUUACUACUUGGAGAGCCACUUUGUGUUGUGGUCACUCGACCAAAAUGUUAAGAGGGCCCCGGCCAAUGGGGACCACUUUGCUACCCUUACGAGUAAAAACUUUGAUGCUGUAACAAAGAAACCUCUAAUGGUUAAAGGUUGAUUGAUUAUUACUAUUUUCAGGACAAACAUGCAGGAUUUGAUAGACAAGACUCAUAGUCAGCACUUUGAGCUGUACCGACGAAAGAGGCUGGAAGACAUGGGCUUUAACGAUGGCGACGGAGAGACAAAACAGGUGAGUCUACAAGAGACGUACGAGCUGAGAAGGCAGGACUACAUGAAAGACAUACAGGGCAGAGAGGAGCAGAUGAGACAGAGCUUUGUAAACAAAGUGAAGGAGAAAGAAGCGGAGUUAAAACAAGCUGAACAAGAGGUAAGGGUAGAGUACAUUCACCAGCCUGAGAAAACAGCCGACAUUUCGCGACGUCACUACCGGUUUCCCCACGACAUGACGUCUGAGAAACGACCUAAGAAAUUCCAUACUGAUGAAGCGUCACUCUCCAGAUCUGGGUAUAGUGUUUUUGAUUAGCUGAAGAAAAUUUUUCACGCCGCACGACCAAUCAGAAGCAUUUCCCAGGUAAGGGUAGUGACGCGUCAUCAGUAUGGAAUUUCUACGCUCGUUUCUCAGACGUCAUUUCGCGGGGAAACUAGUGGUGGCGUCGCGUAAUGUCGGCUGUUUUCUCAGGUUAUACAUUAACUUGAAUCAGCCGGAUUGUGGGUAUUUGAAAGAAACAAGCUGAAAAAAGUGGAACUACUGCUCAAACGCUCGGAUUUUAUAUGUGGCUGAAGAUGAAGAUACUGAACCACAUUUUACAUUAUUUGCAGCCUAAUACUCAACACCGUAGGACAGUACUGCUCGACAGCUUUUACUUGAAUGGCCCCACUUUAAGAUUUCAUCCACAGACUCAAUAGUCAGAACCACUUUGUACAGCAUAAUAAACAGUAUCACAGGAAAGAACUGCUCAGUAGCUAUCGUCUGUUAUUAUAUGGCGAAAAGGAGAACUUUUUCUUGCGGAACCAACGCGGGAAAUCCCGAGCCCAUCUUGCCCGCUUGGGUAACCAAUCAGAAUGCAGGAUUCGCUUCAUCUUGCCCGCUCGCGGAUUCAGCAAUGUAAUAAAGGAAAGUACUGCUCAGUAGCUUUCAUUUAAAUGGUCACGCUUUAAGGCUUCAUCCACAGACUUUGAAGUUAAAACCACUUUGUUAAGCGCAGUAGACAAUACCAGAGGAUACCCUUGCUUCAUCGUCCCACAUUUUUUUGAACCCUCCGACUCAAAAGUUAACCUUUACCAUCGCCUAAACGCUAUACGUGCUUUCAUAAGUGCUUUACUAUGGAGAUACUAAUUCUGUAACAAAAUUACCGGUUUCUUGGUACUUUUUCUGUUUUUCUACCAGCUUCACGCCAAGUUUGAGCAUUUAAAGAAAACUCAGGUAGACGAGAAAAAGAAGCUGGAGGAAAAGAGACGGAUGUUGGUGAGUGUGGCAUAUUUUUUCAUUUUUGCUAGUUGCUUUAGAAACAAUCUAUGCAGUGCAAUUGUCAGAGCACCCUUGAAUAUCCACAAUAUAAAACGGAAUGUGGAAUAGGUGGCCACCUUUAACCCUACUGGUCCCAGUAAUUACCAGUAUUAAUUUUCUCACAGCAUCAGAGCAUGAAGGGAAGAAGUCAUGAGCUUUAAGACAACGAUCACCUAAAACUUAUUGUAUUGAUCUUUAAACAACUUCUCCCAACUUAUGCCUUAAGAAAUUCAAGGAGUCCAGUUGGAAAAAUUUGUGAGAUGAUAUUAAAUAAAGGAAAAGUAUUCAGAAGCUGACGUUUGGAGCGCUAAACUAGAGGGUUGUCCUAGGCCUGGAACGUUUUCAGGCUGGCAGUUCCACACGUUACGCAAACUCGUCAGAGUGAAUAGACUUUAGCGAGCUUAAGCAACGACGACGGCGACGGCUACGAAAACGUCACUUAAAAAGUUAAUUCGCGCUGUUUCAAACUUUAUCGCGCUUAUUCCAUCACAUUCAAUUUGUCUAAUGUUGGUGAAUUGUUCUCGAGUUGAAUUCUAAAGCGCCGUAUGCAAGUUGCUUGAGCUCCCCUUUGCGACGGCAACAGCAACGAGAACGGUAAAACAAAGCAAUAGGUUUAGAUUACCAAAAAACAUUUUGCACGUGUAAGCUUUUUUGUACAUUUAUUUGCCGUCGUCGCACGACCAUGACAUUAUCCUUCUUCCUAAUUUCACGUUUUAUGAUAGACUGGAACACUAGAAAACGAUUUAUUUAUUCUUUUUUUAACUUAGAUACUGUUCUUGAGAAUUCAAUUCCAGGAAAAUUCGCCAAUAUUUGAACAAGAUGGAAUAAUAGCAAAGAAGUUUGAAGCAGCGCAAAUUUACUUUUUGCGUGACGAUUUCGCUGCCGUAGAUGCUAAUGCAUCCUAGUAUGGCUUAAGCGUACACAGCAUACGGCGACAGUCAUAAGAAACGUGCUUCUAACGCUCUCUGCUGAUAAUUUUUUUCCUUUCCACUCCCCCAGGAUGAAGAAAUCCAAUUAUUUAACAAGAAAAAGGCCGCUGCCCACGCUGCGCAGGCUCAGGCCCAGCAAGCUGUCGCUCAGGUCGCCAAGGAACAUUUGAAAGGAAAGAAAAAAUAGAAAUAGAAAAAAUUCUAGGACAUUCCCAAUUUAUAAAAUAUUGUACCAUUAUGUAACUACUCGGAA